AUGGAACAUCAUCUUAUUCAACAGAUCUUCAGUCCUGAUAUUUCUCAAGCUAUCACUAAUCUUGUUAUCCACACCAGGGAAGAGGACAACAUGCAAUGGAACCUCAACAAUAUAGGAAAAGUCUCUGUUAAAGCUCUGUACAAAGCCAAAAUAGAGAAUCUUUACAGAAAUGACCAUGCAACAAGAGACUGGGGAGCUCUAUGGAGUUUGGAAGUUGCACCUGCUAUCAAAAUCUUUCUCUGGAAAUGUGCUCAUGAAAUCCUCCCAACUAAUGCUAAAACCGCAAGCAUUCUUCACUAUAUUGAUCCUACAUGCAAAAUAUGCAAAAGUGGGGAGGAGACAAUGACACACAUGUUCCUCAAUUGCCCAGCUGCUACUGAUGUUUGGCAUCAUAUGUUUGGUGAAAGUCAUGGUCUGUUUGACCAUCAAACACCUUUCAUGGAUUGGUUCAAUACUUGGUUUCAACAUACAAGCAACGGUGAAAAUAUGAGCACUUAUGCUACUACUUGCUGGUUUAUUUGGAAGGCUAGAUGUGAUCUAGUUUUCCAAAACAUCAAACCCAAUUCUAAGAAAACCACGCUUAGUAUUCAACAACACUUAUGUGAUUAUAACAGAAUCCAAAAUUUGGCUCAUCAUGCCCUGAAUACUCAGGGGCAUAUCUCUGAAACUGGUCUUCAAAGAGAAGAAACAGGAUUCCAUGUUGGGAUCCCUCGGCAAAAGCAGGAUUAUGGUUACAUAAUCAAAAUCUGCACUAUACAAGAUCCUAACAGUUAUCAGUUUUUCUCAGCUCUGACUGUUACUGAUUUUGCAGGCAAAUAUGUUGAUAAUAGAGGACACACAGGCCAAUUGGGAGCAAGCAGAGCCACAGGAGGAGGAGAACUAGCAUUUGCUGGACUGAGGAAAAGCAUCACAUGA